UUUGCUCCAUCGUAUGAAACAGUGACAAGUGUCAUGUUACUGCUCCCCUCGGAAACCCUACCUGAUAAAUUCCUUAUUCCUCUGUUUUACCGUUUUCUCCGAUUAGGGUUUUCGCUCCAGAUUGACGCAGCAGAUCUAGAGAAGCGAAAAUGCCGUCUCACAAGACCUUCAGGAUCAAGAAGAAGCUCGCGAAGAAGAUGAGGCAGAACAGGCCUAUCCCCCACUGGAUCCGCAUGAGAACCGACAAUACAAUCAGGUACAAUGCGAAGCGCAGGCACUGGCGUCGUACUAAACUCGGAUUUUGAGGUGCUUUAGUUAGAGGUUUUAGUUGUUGGAAAGACAAUCAUAUGAAUGAUGUUUUGAAUUUGGUUGAAUUCGAGAAACCAUAUUCUAUGAAGCUCAUAAGAAUACUGUUUUGAGAUCUUUGAUGUUACGAGUAAUUUCAAUUAUGUAUCAAUUUAUGCAUUUUUAUUUGGUAGUAUUUCGUGUAUUUGUUUUGCUGGCUCCUCCUUUAUUUGGGGCGUUGUGUGAUGACUCCAGGAACUUUGUAUCAUUGUGAUAGCCAUUGACAUGGAAUUUAUUGCUGAAGCACUAGUUUGAUGAACUA